CCGCUCAGAGGCUCUGCAGCCACUCGGCUUUCCAGCACUUGCGGGUCCUGGAGGCCACAGCCCUAGCCGGCGGCCGCAUCCGCUCCGAGCGCAGUUUCGGUGGGGUAGUGGAGAUAGGUGCACAUUGGAUCCAUGGACCCUCCCAGGGCAACCCAGUGUUCCAGCUGGCUGCCCAGUAUGGGUUAUUGGGGGAAAAGGAGUUGUCGGAGGAGAAUCAACUGAUAGAGACAGGGGGCCAUGUGGGCCUGCCCUCGGUGAGCUACACGAGCUCUGGGGCAAGUGUGAGCCUGGAACUGGUGGCAGAGAUGGCCAGUCUAUUCUAUAGUUUGAUAGACCAGACUCGGGAGUUCCUGUGUGCAACAGAGACACCAGUGCCCAGUGUUGGAGAGUACCUCAAGAAGGAGAUUGGUCAGCACAUGGCCAAUUGGACAGAGGCGGAGGAAACCAAGAAGCUCAAGCUGGCUGUCCUGAACACUUUCUUCAAUGUGGAAUGCUGCGUGAGUGGCACCCACAGCAUGGACCUGGUUGCUCUUGCACCCUUUGGGGAGUACACCGUCCUGCCAGGGCUCGACUGCACCUUUUCUGGGGGUUACCAAGGACUCACAAACUGCAUAAUGGCCUCCUUGCCAAAGGACGUGAUGGUUUUCAAUAAGCCUGUGAAGACUAUUCACUGGAAUGGAUCCUUCCAAGAGACCACAUCUCCAGGGGAGACAUUUCCAGUGUUGGUGGAAUGUGAAGAUGGAGACCACUUCCCAGCACAUCACGUCAUAGUCACCGUGCCCUUAGGUUUUCUUAAAGAACGUCUGGACACCUUCUUUGAGCCGCCACUGCCCACUGAGAAGGCAGAAGCAAUCAGAAAAAUAGGCUUUGGGACCAACAAUAAAAUCUUCCUGGAAUUUGAGGAGCCUUUCUGGGAGCCAGACUGCCAGCAUAUCCAGGUGGUGUGGGAGGACAUGUCGCCCCUGGAGAACGUCACCCCUGCACUGCAGGACGCCUGGUUCAAGAAGCUCAUUGGCUUUUUGGUCCUGCCUUCCUUUGAGUCUGUCCACGUUCUCUGUGGGUUCAUUGCUGGGCUUGAGUCUGAGUUUAUGGAGACUCUGUCAGAUGAAGAAGUGCUUCUGUCUCUAACCCAGGUGCUCCGGAGAGUCACAGGAAACCCACAGCUCCCCAAGCCCAAGAGCGUGCUGAGGUCUCGCUGGCACAGUGCCCCGUACACCAGGGGCUCCUACAGCUAUGUGGCCGUGGGCAGCACUGGGGAUGACAUUGACCUGCUGGCUCGUCCCCUCCCCGAGGACAGUACCAAGAGCCAGAUACUGUUUGCGGGGGAAGCCACACAUCGGACGUUUUACUCCACAACACAUGGAGCUUUGCUAUCUGGCUGGAGAGAGGCUGACCGCCUUAUCAGUCUGUGGGACUCACAGGGUCAGCAGCCCAGGCCUAGGCUUUGAGCUUGGCUCCUGCCUGCUCUGCUCUGCUGGGAUCCUCCUUUCCUCUGACAGAUAGUUUUCAACUUGGCUUGAGAUUUGGGGGAUGUUAAUGACAGUCUGUCUCUCUCUCUCUUUUUUUUUUUUUUUUUGGGUAACGGAGGAAAUCUCAUUUCUCACAUCUAUCACUGGAGCUUGAGCUGAGUGAAAAGUGUUACUGAUGUGUGAGAUGGGUAUGGCUGCCAACGGUGAUGCUGUGCAUGUAAAGUAUGUUAAAGCUA